AUGGCGAAUCCAACCACUCAACCGGCUGUGGCGCUGGGUCAGGUAGUGGAGACCGCACCCGAGAAGCCCACGGCUCCUGUUCAAACGGAUGCUACGAGCUCCAUUCGCCCCGAAGGUUAUGAUCACGUUUUCGAUACAGCCGAAGGCGUAGGGAACGGACCCCGCGUCAUCAAUAUCAGUGAGAAUUUGGAGGUCCUGUGCGGCCCUUUACUCAAUUAUAAAAGACUGAGUACCGACGAUAGUGGCCGCACCAUCUGGCAUGGAACGGUGUUGAUUGUUACGAGCCCUGGCCAAAAGCAUCCGAGCCUAAAAUUGCGCGCCAAAGGCCCGGUUUCGCACGGCGAAGACGAAGUUCAUAUCAAUGGCGAUGUCUCUGGGACCAAGGACGUAAACAUUGAAGGCCGAAAGCUCUAUGCGGAUCCUGUCAAGGCUUUUUGGAGAUUUUCCCUCGAGCUCCCACUGGAAAACUUUGAAGCUCGCUGGGAAUAUACAGUUCUUAGAUUUCGUUCGUCCAGCGACGCAUCGAGGGAGGCAUCUUGGAACUUUGUUGUUCCAUCAGUAACGGAGUCGAUGCGGAUCAUGUUCCAUUCUUGUAACGGAUUUUCAGUGGGAACGGACCUUGAUCACUGGCAGGGGCCACUCUUGUGGCAUGAUGUGCUGAGGCGCCAUGAAAAAAAACCCUUCCAUGUCAUGAUCGGUGGUGGAGAUCAAAUCUACAACGACUCGGUUCGAGUCGAUGGGCCGCUACGGGGCUGGACUGACAUCACUAAUCCAGCCAAAAGGCGAACACAUCCCUUUCCAAAUACCAUGAGAGAGGCCUGUGAUAAGUUCUAUUUCGAUAAUUAUAUCAGAUGGUAUUCGACAGAACCAUUUGCCACGGCCAAUGCGCAAAUCCCGCAGAUCAAUAUAUGGGAUGACCAUGACAUAAUCGAUGGCUUUGGCUCCUAUACUGACCAUUUCAUGAAAUGCGCAGUCUUCCGUGGAAUUGGAGGCGUUGCUUUCAAAUAUUACUGCUUGUUCCAGCAUCAUAGCGCACCUCCAAUGUCCACCUUCACCACUGAUACCCCUGAGACCAUGAAAGCGGUCAAUGGCACGGCCGGACGGGAUCCGAGGCAACUAGAGCAUAGCUAUGUCUAUCAAGAAACGGAAGAUGACCCGAGCUGGAUCCCGGGCUCUAGGCCUGGCCCCUAUGUGGAGGAAACGGCCCGAAAUAUCUACACUAGACUCGGCCGGCGAAUUGCAUUCAUCGCCAUUGACGGCCGUACCGAGCGCACACGACACCAAGUCAACUACCCAGAAACCUACGACCUUGUAUUUAACCGUCUUGAACAGGAACUGGAGGCUGCUGAUGGCGAGAUCAAGCACGUCAUUCUUCUCCUUGGUGUGCCCAUCGCCUAUCCUCGCCUUGCCUGGUUGGAAAAUAUCAUUUCUUCACCUGUCAUUGCGCCCAUUCGCUUGCUCAACCGUCGUUUCGGCGUUGGCGGUAAUCUUUUCAACAAAUUUGAUGGUCAAGUAGAUCUCUUGGAUGACUUGGAUGACCACUAUACAGCCCGGCAUCAUAAGCGGGAGCGGAGGCAACUGAUCCAACGGCUUCAGCACAUAUCAGAGAGGUUUGCUGUUCGGGUGUCAAUCCUUGGAGGUGACGUGCAUCUCGCAGCUAUUGGCCGGUUCUACUCCCGAGUUAAGAGCGGGAUACCAGUGGUCAACGACCCAAGAUACAUGAUCAACAUCAUCAGCAGCGCUAUCACCAACAAGCCUCCGCCCAAGGCUGUAGCCAAUUUACUUGCCCGCAGGAAUAAGAUUCACCAUCUUGAUUCUAAUACCGAUGCAACACUUAUGAAAAUUUUUGACAAGCAGCCCGGAGGGAAAGAAAAAUCAGCUGAUUUCAACAAGGUGACAAUGCCAUCCCGCAACUAUGCAUGCAUCACCGAGGCCGACUUUUCCGAGACCAAUGGGACCAACACGACUAGCGAGCAAGAACUAGCUCAAUUCCCGCCGCCCAAGGACGGCCAUUUUCCUCUUCACCCCGGGGAGGUGGAUGCUGGAACAAUCCACCCCGCUGCGGAUGGAAUUACUGGCCGCGUAGGCAUGGACGGCGGCUUGGAUGUAUCGAUUCGAGUUGAAAUUGACCCGGCGGAUAAAGAGGGCAACACGGAAGGAUACGGGUUUUGGAGUAAGCCCCCCGUUCUGAAAAUACACUGUGUUUCUGCGGAAGGUUGUUAUGUCCUAAAUGCUGACGGUUGGCCUGAUAGUUCCACCAUUGAUUGUGAAACAAACAGAGGAGCGUCGCCGUCACCGUUUCCAUCGUCAUGGGCAUCACCAGGAGCAACCCCAGGGACAGCCCACGGUUGA